AUGUCCUUUUUCGAUCGCAUAGCAAGCCCCCAUCGCAACUCGCCGGGUCUACCCUUCCAUAAACCUCCGAUUCGAUCACCUAGCGAAUAUCAGCUCAACGAACUGGAUCCUCGGCAUGACGAUGCCUUAUCGGCCGAUGGGGACCUGCCUAGAGCUUGGCUGGCCGACUAUGAGGAAUCAGCGACGUCUCGCGGGCAAUCCCCAAGCACAUGGCGGGACAAGGGCAGUCCGGCUCAGUCAUACUCCAAGACGAAGCCAAGGGCAAUGUUUGCUGGUCCACCGCCGCCGAUAACUGCGUCAAUGAUGCUAAGCAAGGACUCGGCCCGGGCAAACUCUGUCGGCCCUUCAGGUCGCAGCAAACAUACUCCCUACAGUCUUCUUGGUGGGAGCCCUACCGAAGCUACUAGCGUACUGUUCGAUCAUAGACGUGAAGCUGGUGCGCACAACACAGAUUCCAUCUGGCGAGGCUUGCGGAGGCAAGAGAAGGCGUUGGAGCAAGACGUCCAGCGAUUGCUUGAUCAACAGGCCGCCGCGUUGGCAGCUGGAUCUGGCAAUGUGAACGACACCUCCAGCACAGGCAGCAGCACACCAACUGGCACCUUUUACUCUACAAAGAGCUCCAAAUCGAGAAUGGCUAGCUCCCUCUAUGUACCACCUCGGGCCACCCGUGACGGCAACGUGGUUCCAAUUCGGCAGCCGGCGAACGAUAAGCCCCCUGGGCUGAAAUCUACACGGGACGAUCUCCGGAAAUUGAUUGCCUCCAUGACGAAGCUCAAACGAGACGAAAAUGCCCACUUAGUAGAGGCCAUGGCACAACGAGAAGACGCCCUCAACUACCUGGAUGGGCUGGGUACCAGGAAAUCUGAUAUUCAGGCAGAGCUGCAUGAUCUGGAGGAAAACGGCGACGAACCGCUGGCGAAAGAGCUGCGAGAACUGGGUACGCAGCAUGGUGCCCUGAGCGAAGAAAUCCAGCAGCUCGAGGAGAGAUUAGCGGCCAUGCGCUUCCAGUGCCGUACAUUGGAAGAAAGAAUGGACGACAUCAAGAACAAAAGAGAAGCAGGGCUAAGUGGAUACCACGGCGCAUUGAGAGACGUGACAAACGAAGUCAAGGCAUUCGUACAGCAUCCACCAAUUCAACCACUUGACCCGGAUCUCCUAAACCACGGCGGCGAGGUUGAGGGAGAUCCGGCCGCUUCAGGGGGGGUUGAGUUUAUGCGACUUAUCCCAGAGCGACGGACACUAGAAAUGGCAAAAUCGUGGUGGGAGGCGGAAAUGUCAGUAUUGGAGCGCUGCAAAGAGCGGAUUGAUACAGAUCGGCUGGCGUUGGAAGAAGGGGGCCAAGUUUGGGACAAGGUUACGCACCUGGUAUCUACAUUUGAGGCAGAUUUACGACAGGCCAUGCAGAAUGGCGCUCCAUCCCCUUCAAACUCGAGCUUAAAAGGCAAAGAAAAAGUGCCCACUCCAGAGGAAAUCAUAUCGUCUCAGCUUUCACGAAUGAGGCAAGUGAUUGAGGAGCUGGAGAGCUACAUGCAGCUGGCGGAAGAAAAGCACUGGAAUCUCUUGAUUUGCGCCAUCGGCGCUGAACUAGAGGCCUUUAAAGAGGGCUGCAACGUCUUUGAAGGCUUGGUCCAUCCUCCUGAGGAGCCUUUCGCCAGCACUCAGGAUGAGCCGAGUGAGGUAAAAUCAGAGCCAGAGGACCGACCUGCGCGACAAAGCAGCCACUCAGCCGAUGAAGAGAGCGACAAUGAAGUGCCCGCGGACCUACUCGGAGGUGAACAGGACAGAGAUGACGAGCAUGCUCAUGCGGCCAACACUGAUGGCGCGCCGCUGCGUAGGUACGACAGCGAGAACGAAGUGCCGCCCGAGUUUUUGGCAGAGCACGCAUAG